CAUUAUUCUUCACCGUUCUCUGGUCACCAUUCAUACAUAUGAAUGGUGACCGGGGAAUGAUGGGGAAUAAUGCAUUCCUUAACAUUCCUAUAAAAAAUCAUCAUUCACAAGGAAUAAUAAUUUCCUCUCAUUCUCUCUCAUUCUCUCUCAUUCUCUCUCUCGUUCCUUUUUGUAGAGAAUUAAAUGACAAAAUUAUUCCUUGUUAAAUUUGAGAAAAAGAAUAACUAUUCCUUUUUAUUCCUGCUAUUUUUUUCCCGUAUAUUCCUUUUAUGUUUGUUCCUCUUGUUUUUCAUAAAACCAUUCUUCAAGACUCAUCUCGAUUUGUAAACUGUAAAUUUUGAAGCAUAGUUUUUUUUUCUUUUUUGUGAAAGAGAAUACACUAAUUUUUUUAUGAUUUAAUGCUGUAAUUUAUGUGUUUAAUAGAUCAACAGUUAGAUGGAGAAAUUAACAUACACGAAUUUUUAGUGUGUAUGGCUAAUGCCACAUGUAUUAGUCACUUAGAUAUAUUAUCAUCCAAAAACGUAAAAUAUAUUAUAUUCUUCUCAGUAUUUUAUCUAAUAUUGAAUCAAACGUUUUUAUUUGUCGAAGUAGGUCCGUGCCUUCCAUAAGGCUGAUGAAGCAAAGAGCUUCAGUCCACAAAAAAAAUAAUAAUUUUUGAGGCCACAUUUUCAAAAUAUAAAUAUAGUUGAGUGGUUAAAAAUAUUGGUUUUGACUUUUUAGUUUAAGUAUUUUCUUUUCUGUAUUGUGAUUUUUCUUAUACUUUUAAAUGUCUCUGUUUUUAUUUUAUGUUCACACUGUAUUUAUCUUUUGUUUUGGACAACUGAUUUGUUAUUUCUUUUGUUUCUAUUAUCUUUACUAUUUAUAACCAUUUGUUAUCAUUGGGGGUUUUCUAAUCUCCAUCAUUGCAUAUGAAAUUAUAGAAAGUAAAGAAAAAUGUAAUGUGAUUGAAGGUGUAUGUGAGAAAGAAACUAAUGUUAGAAUAUAAUGGUUCAAAAAUAUUUUUCUCUAAAACCUUUUAACAAAAAAAAAUAAUGGUUCAAGAAACUACGAAUGUGAUUUAUUAUUUGUUAAAAACUCUAAACAAUAUAAGUACAAUAUCAAUUAAUAGUCUACUAUUCAUCUAAAUUUUUUAUGCAGGACUAAACAAAAAUAUGUUUCUCUUAGAAAUAAAAUAUUGUUAUAUUAUAUAUAGUAUGUUGAUAAAAAUAUCAUUAAAUAUCAUAAGCCACUAUUUAUAAUUAUGCUUUAGGCCACAAAAUAUAUUGGGACGGCACUGUGUCGAACCUAUGUUCUAAAUAUAUGGUCUUUUACACAUAUAACACGAAUAUUAAAAAGUUGCGGCUUUGUACCAAUUAUUCUAAUUGGCAACUUGGAGCUCAUAUUCUCUUUGUUAUCUUACGAAUACAGUACCUAGCUCAUAAAUGAGGCGUUAAUGAUAUAUCUUGCACUCUGAAAUUAUAUAAUAUUCAUUUGUGUAUUAUCUAACCUUAAUCUCAAGAUCUCAACGUGAUGCGUCAUUCAUGCUAAUUAGUUUAUGACUUGUUGAGAUAUCAGAUAUGUAUCAUCAUUACUAAACUUUAACUGAUAUAUAGUACACAUGCAAAUAUAUACAGAAAUAUUCUAACAAAAACCCGAAAAGGUAAUUUACAGAACUCUCAAGGAUCCUUGAAAUAUGGCGGCUCACUAAUUUCGAAUCAAAUUCGAUGUAUAGUCUAAUAAUAAAUAACGAAGUGUAAUUACCAAAAGGGGCCUUACCAAAACUAGUAAUGUAGAGAUUUAAAAUGUGAAUGAGAUGUCAUUUUCUUGACAAUUAUUCUAAGUUGUAAGUGACAUGGCACCAAUCGAGCAUAUCUUUCCUAACAAGAAUACCAGUAAAGGGAAAAAAAGAAGAAGAAUGCCAGUAAAGCUAUAGAUCCAACUGAAUAAUUAUGCAUAUAUAUGUUAAUCACAGGUUCUGAACACUUGGAAAACGUAUAUGUGAAGCCUCUAGAAACUAUAGACAAAUAAUCAAAGAUAAUAGUUUCUAUUUUGGUUUUGUAAAAUUUUACAGUUAAGAUGUUGACACGACAAUAACAAAAAGCAAGCGAUAAAAAAAAAAAGCAAGCGAUAAACGGAUAAUAUCUAUAUAGUUACAUUAACAUAAGAUGCAUGAAGCAUGAUCAUAUUUAAUAUCAAUAAACUUGGGUUCCACACUGCCAUAUUCCGGCAAAAACACUCAACCUUUUAUGGUUUGGAUUUAGGCUGAGAUGGGCUGUGACCUUAGACACAUAAACCAAAUAAUUCUUCGUCUGAUAGAAUACUUUAACACUUGUUUCGUAGUAAUGCCAUAAUAAUAAAAUAUAAUUAUAUUUUAUAGCUUAACUUCUAUCUUAAAUACGGUAAUAAAUUGAUCAUUAAAUUAGCAAAAAUAAAAUUGUCAGUAAUUUAUAUAUUCUUUAUCAGAUUCACGUACAUUAAAAAAAAAUUGAUAACAAAUUUUUUUCAUUGUAUUUAGCAAAAAACAAAAAAAGUAAUACAAAAUAAAUUACAAAUAUCACGAGCAACGUCAUGUGGUACAAUAUAGAUGUCAACUUAGGAUGGACCUACAAGGGCUAAAUUAUAAAGAGGAACAAAGGAACUAGAACUUUGUGUUGAGUGUUGAAGAGAAUGAGGACUGAGGAGUGAGUGGGCGUGGCUUGGCAUCAUCUCCCACGAGGGACUUCGCUCCCACCUCCCUUAUUUCCUCAUUAAUGUCAAUCUUUUCACAAAUUUAUAAAAAUAAUUAAAGAUACUAAUAGAAUCUAUUGCAUUAUUAAGAAUAAAUGUUAUAUACUAGACCCCCUUCUUAAACUGAAUAUUGUGAUGUUGAAGCUAGUCAUUAUCACAUUGCAUAUGUGGGCAAGGAUCUAUAAAGAUGAAGGAAAUAACUGAACAGAAAGAAAAAUAUAUAUUAGGAGCAAUAAAUUACUUUCAGGAGCUUUCAAAUUAAAUCUUUUGAUGGUUAAAGAAAUACUCACAUAACUUUAUCAAUUAUAUUGGUACUAUUUGUCUCACAAACAACAAUUUUAUUUUUAAAAUAGUCAUUUCUUUUCAGAGAUUUCUAUAGAAAGAAUAUAAAUAUUAUGAUAUUUAUUUCAAACAAUAUAUAUACAUAUUAUAUAUAUAUAUAUAAUAUCUCACAUUCUUACGAUUUAUUUGUUUAUUUUUGUAUGAUAUGGGUAACCAAAUUCAUAAUUUUAGUAUUUUGUGUGGAAAAUGAUUACCCAAGCUUACAUUUUGAUAGUUUUCUAAUUAAUAAACUCGCAAAUUAUAAGAGUGUUGUAAGUGCAACGGUCUUUUGGUUACGUAAUAAUAAGUUGGAUCUUAGCUAACCGAUGUUACGUCAAGAGUGAGCUCAUGCAAACUAGAUGAAGAGUCUUGCAGUAUCUGAAUUUCAUAUAAUUUAUUAUAUAUUAAAUAAUAUUACGACAAGAAUCUAACUUUUGUGAAAAUCCUACCGAUGAUUCUUCCACAUAAGGAAAAUAAAGAAAUUAACCACACACAAAAUACAGAAACGAAAGAAAAAAUAUAUUCCAAAUGAAAAGCUAAUUCCUUAUCAGGGGUAUGUGGACCCAUAAUUUUAUAUUAUUGUAACAAACAAAUGAAAUACUUUUAUUUUUAUAUACAUAGCCAGGUGUAAUACGGGUUUUCUAAUAUUCUAGCACGCAAAUUCAAUAAUUUGCAUAUAGAAAUUUUAUAAUAGUCUUCAGUUUUUAUAUCCUUUCAGUUAAUCUCCAUAGAAAUUUACGGCAAUGCUAUUAUUAAACAAAGGAGUAUAGAUUAGAUGCAAGUGCUUAUUUAACAAAAACCAGCCGGUAUUAGUUUACAAAAAAAAAAACAGCCGGUAUUUCUCUAUACCAAAUCCAAAACGGAAUAGUCAUAGAUUAGUCAAACAAAAAAAAUUGCGGCAAUGCUUACGUCGCAAAUAUGACGAUAAAUUAUUUUCUUAACUCAAAUAUUAUUUAAACUACAUCUGGUUCCGAAUAAGAACAGUUGCUUUAAUUUUUUUGGAUUUGAGUUAUUCUUUGUGUCCAAAUGUGAUAUAUACAUUGGUGGAAAUUGAUGGAUAAGAUUCGUCCCUUUCGAGAAUUCUGGAAUUCUAAAUAUAACAUAUAAAUAAAUAUAAUCAUAAAAUAUUUAUCAGUCCUAUCUAAUAAAUAAUAUAUAUUUAUAAGAAUCUUGAAAUGACCCCUUUACAGUUUCCUUCUAUAUUAUAACCUUCUAUACAGUUUCCUUCUACUCAGCAAAAUUAACAAGCUCAUUGUGAAGAGCAAUCAUAACAAAAAAUCCACACACGAAACCCUAGUUCGUAAACAUUUAUCAUCACAAUGUCUGGUGUGUGGGUGUUCAACAAGAAUGGAGUGAUGAGGCUGGUUGAGAAUCCUUACAACCAAUCCGGAGGAGAUUGGUCGGAAUCUUCCUCCUCAGGUGGUAGCCAGCAGCAGAGUAUGAGGAGGAAGAUUCUUGUCCAUCUUCCGACUAGCGAGGUUGUCUCUUCGUACAAAUCACUUGAGAGGAUCUUGAAGUGUCUUGGAUGGGAGAGGUACUACAAUGGAGACAACGCCGACCAUCUCCUCCAGUUCCACAAGAGAACAUCGAUUGAUCUCAUCUCUCUCCCUCGCGACUUCUCGAAGUUCAAUUCCAUUCAUAUGUAUGAUAUCGUCGUCAAGAACCCUAACGUCUUCCAUGUCCGAGACAUGUAGUAGCCGAUAUGAAAAUUAAAACUGGGUCAAUUUGAUUCUCCAGAUAUACUUGCAGGCGUUUGCUUUGCUUUAUUUACUGUUGUGGGUUUGUUCUGUGUUGGUCGAUGUAUGGUGGUCUCAAGCUAGAGCCAUUUUAAUAAAUUGUAUCAUUUUGUGAUUUGAAUGAGCUUGAGUCAUGUCUCUCAAAGAUGAAAUAGUAAAGAAGACAAAUAGUUUACCACACAUAAAUCGACAGUCGAAAAAUUUACAAUCAAUUAUGUACAGCAUUCUAGUAUAGCAGUUUCUCGACUAGUCUUCACUAAAACAAGAAAAUACGUGCUUUAUGAAUAGUAACUACAUCUCAACAUUUCACCAAUUUUUUUUUUUAAAGUACUAAUUACUUUCUUUUGAAAAACAUUGACGUUAAAUUAAUGAUGAUAACUACAAUGAUUGAUUAAUCAUAAUAAACUCAAGUUAAAAAUCUAACCACAUGUUUAAAUGGGAAAUUAAUAAAAAAAAUUGGAAGUUAACAGGAAAAUAAUAAUUGAGAAAGGUUAAAGUGAGAAACAUGUUUUUAACUGAUAACAGUUUGGGCAAUGCCCUAAUCUUCGUCUAAAUCCGGGACCAGCUUUUGUUUAGACUCUAUGACAUGGCUGAAUUACCAUGUGUUAAGCUACUAAUCUUAACGCACCAUAAGUAAAGGAUAACUAAGUUAUCUAAAUAUAUAUACAAAUAUAUAUCGUAUUAUAAGUAAAGAAUACAUUCAGAAAGAAAAAAAUGUCAAAAGAUGUAUAUAGAUACACGGCCAUACUGAAAUACAAAUGUAAAUCUCAAACAAGACGAAAUCUAAAGAAGGAAAGUCAAAAGA